CUGUGUUCUACCUUGUCUGUUUUGAAGAGUGUAUACCUCGUCUACCAACCGUAGGCCUACGGCACUUACGUGUCUCACACUGCACUUGUUAUUAUACACAGGGAUGGGAAGAACCACUUUUAAAAUAUAGUCUUUAUUCCUCCGCUUCUCCCUAAGUGAUCUGAGGUACAAGCCGGUGAAGAACACUGUGUGCCAGUGCUUACAUAUUAUAGCUAACACCUGCAUAGCUUAAUGCAGAAGUAGCUAUUACUUCUAGUUUGAGGCGUGUUUCAAACCCUUUGACUUGGAGGGGCUAUACCCCUCAAACCCUGAUUUCUGUUUUGACCUCGUCUAAACUGUAGGACUCUAUGGCACCGGUGAAGGAAGCUGCCCGUGCCAGCACUUACCUAUACUAAAACCUACUGCAUAAGUAUGAAAGACUGUGAUGUGAUAUAAGGUGUAUAUAUAUUAGUCACAGUUGUAUAAUACUUCAGCCUUUCAGCGUGAAAAUCAGUAAAUGUAUAUAUAACCAAGGAAUAUCUGUAUUGCAAGAAAAAACGGGCCCCCUUCUCAUAUUCCAUUGUCUAUGAUUCAUAUAUAUGAAGUAAGAACCAAAAAAAAGAACAGAGUUGAUCUGUUGGUGUACGGUGGGUGAACACACAGGAAGGCCACCAGCAGGCCCUGUUUUGGGGCGGAGGGAGGCAGUUCAUGAUGGUGAGCAGCAGUCACGUGAAGCAGGAGCCGACCAUUGACGUGGAGAGGUUCUCCAUGUUGUUCAGAUACCUCUCUCCAUGGGGGUUUGGGGAGCACGCCGAGGUCAUCUCUCAUCGGGCCUUCCGCCUGCUGGACACACAGGGAACAGGGCAGAUGACAUUCGGAGCUUUCACUCAACUCUUUGGAGUCAUGAGCAGAACCACUCUACAGGUGUGCAAUAGUAAAAUGCAGAAAUCCUUAUAGUAAAGUGCAGAGUAAACAAACGAGUUGGUUUUGGAAACUGAUGCAUGAUACAGUGCAUGCAUGAGUAAAGGUGUUGAGGUUGAGCCAGCAUACAGUGGGUGAAUUACAGUGAAAUACAGAGAGAGAGAGAGGGGGGGGGGGCACAGUUUUACCGUACUCGUAUCUCUUGUAGGAGAGACUUAAGCUGCUCUACUGUCUCCACAUCAUCAGUCUGACCACACCCACUAACCCCACCCCUCCCCCAACCAGGAAGAAGGCAGUUGAAUAUGCGAGUGAGCCAGCACUGGAGGUGUACGAUACAUCGUCUGGGGGCGUGGCUGGGGGUGUGGUCAGUGGGGGAGAGGAGGGCGUGGCAGAGGUGGGGGUGGAAGCUGAGGACGAGGAACAAAUAACUCCAAUGGUGGACAAGUCAGGUGCGGUGGUGUUUCUAUUAGGAAAGACAGAGGAUCCAUCACUGUCACCACUUGGACCUACUUACAGUCCACCCAGCAUGACUCAGCCCGAGUACAUCCAGCUGUGCAAGACUCUCUACACUCUCCUGCAAGACUCACCAGACGAACAGCAACUCUUUCAGGCCGUCGGGAAAUUUGCUCGGAACCUCCUCAAAAUCGGGGAAGGCAAUGCCAGGUCGAUCCCCGAGGGGUCACCCUUUCCACCGACCUGCUCUUCCCCCUUCACCCUACCACCACCUUCUCCUUCUUUUUCCCGUUCUUCGUUUUCGUCGUCUGCUGUCAGAACAGAAGCUGCUCAUCCGGUGGCUAGUUUGUCUUCAUUCCCUCAUCCACUGAGUGUCAGUACUACUGGUGAUGGUAGUAACGAGAGAGGUGCUAGUAGGACAGAUGAAGGCAAGAGAGAAGAAGAAGAGGAGGGAGAGGGAGAGGAGAAGGAGGGGGAGAGGGAAGUGAAAGUAGGGGAGGAGAGAGGUGGAGAGGGAGAUGAGGGAGAAGGGAAAGGGGGAGAAAACGAUGAAGGCAACAGAGAGACAAAGGACAGUGGGGGUGUGGUCUCAGAAAAGGGUGGGUCAAUUGAGACAUCAGAGCACAUUGCAGCUGUUGAGGAUGGCAGUGGAGUGGCUCUCCCUCUCACUACCAGUGACCCUGUGACCUCUAUCUCAUCUCCCUACAUCAAACUGCCAACUCCGGAUCCUCCAUCUGACCGAGAAGUGGGCGGGUUCUCUGAGGAGGACAAAGUGGGCGGGACAGCUGGACCGUGGGCGGCAGAGUCUUCAACCGAGAAUGAAGAGCUGACUGGUCAAGUAGCCGAGUCCAGCAUUGCCACUCUUGGUCUAACUGUGACAAGCUCUGAAGCUAGAAGUUCAGGAGACACCACACCUGAAGACAGCUUCCACUCGGCCCUCUCCACUCCCAUUGACACCAGCCUGAGACAACCCACCAAUGGCCUUCCCGAUUCCCAGUCUCCCGUUCCAGAGGCAGAUUCCCAUUCCCCCAUUCCAGACCCCGAUAACUCGGUACCACAGCACACGCCACCUUUGUCAUCGCAAGACACCUCGACCCACAGAAACUCGACUUCGCUCUCUCUCUUCGACCCUUCUACCUCCCAGCUCCAACCCUCCUCUUCCUCCUCUGGACAGUUUGGCGGAGGAGGUACAAGGCAGAGGGAAGACGAGGCGAAAUGGUACAUCACCUUCGAGCAGUUCAUCUCAUGUGUUCAGACGGAACCGGACCUAUGCCAGUUUUUCGCCGAGCAGAACACCAUUGACCUCUGCAGCUCUUCAGUUGACCCCAUCCUUUCUCCCUACACCAGGACCGUACUGGGGCUCACUUAGGAUUACAUCACCGUUAUUUUAUUGUCGCAAUUAUGUCAUUCUUUUCACUGCGGUCUCAGUUUUUUUUAAAAUUUGCCUGUUGUAUCAUAACUGUACAUUCAUUUGAAGUU